AUUAAAUUAAGAUUAAAAGUACGCAUGCGCAAAGUAAGUUUAAAAGAUUAAAUAAAAUUCAGCAAUAACAAUAAAGAAUAAAAAACAAACAUGGCACUUAUUAGUGAAAGACGAGUGAUUGGUGGCAAUGAGUUAAUUGUCCAGAAAACUGUUGGGCAUAAAUUGGCACAUGAGCGUGACCAAGGCGCAGCAUGCCUUAAAUGUGGGCCAGCUUGUGAAGGACUAGAUUUACAUUUUUGGAGAAAAAUUUGUCGUAACUGUAAUUGCAAACUUGAAGAUCAUGAUCUCAAAAAUGAAGAAGAAACACAUCAAAACAUUGUUGCUGUUCUUUUGGCUGAUCGUGGCAUUUCAAAGCUGGGUAAAUUAGAGAUUAAUGUAAAGCAUGAAGAUCAUUUAGAGAAUCAUCCUUUAAUUAAAAAAAAUGUCCAAAAAAACUUUAUUCAAGUGCCUAAAGCUUCUGCAUCUGUUUUAUCAAAAUUUUUGGAUGCAAUUCCAAAAGAUAAAGCUGCACACCAUGGUGAAGUGGGAGAACAGUAUCGAAGUAAACAGCUUGCAAAUCAGUUACCUGCGCAUGAUUUUGACCCAUCAUUUUGUGACAAUCUUACUGAUGCUGAAAAAGAUAAAAUGAAAGCUUUUAAUGAAGAGAGAAAUGAAAAUGCAACUGGCCAAGGAGAGAUCAAAGAGAAAACACCAAAAGUGGUUACACAGUGGGUAUGUGAGCGAUGUAAACUGCAUUUGCAUGCUGGAGAAAUUGCAAUUUUUGCAGAACGUGCAGGAGAAGAUAAAUGUUGGCAUCCAAAAUGCUUUGUUUGUGCAACUUGCUCAGAAAUGUUGGUAGAUCUCAUUUACUUUUACAAAGAUAAUGCUAUUUACUGUGGUCGCCAUCAUGCUGAGUUGACCAGGGUUAGAUGUGCAGCUUGUGAUGAGCUCAUAUUUACAAAAGAGUAUACCCAAGCAGAAGAUCGUAACUGGCAUUUGAAGCAUUUCUGUUGCUUUUCUUGUGAUAAAGAAUUAGGUGGACAAAAAUAUGUGGCUCGUGAGGAGAAACCUUAUUGCAUGGAUUGUUAUGAUAAAUUGUUUGCAAAGGUAUGCGCAGGUUGCAAUAAAAAAAUCCCUGCUGAUGGAAAAAGGAUCUCUUACAAAGAAGCCCACUGGCAUGCAUCCGAAAAUUGUUUUAAAUGUAUUACUUGUUCGAAAUCAAUGUUAGGCGAACAGUUUAUCUAUAAAGAUAACAAGGUUUUCUGUUCUGCUCAAUGUAUUAAAAAAUAAUUUUUUAUAUCUUUUGUUUUAGUUUUAGUUUUUUAUAUUUUUCUAUUUUGAUUGUAGUAGUUUGCAUUGUUUUAAUUUAUGUUACAACUUUGAUAUAUUAUCUUUUUUGAUCAUGUUUUUUAAAUGAAGUCUAAAAAUUUUAAAACGGGUAUUAGUAUUUAAGAGAGAUAUCUUUACAAAUCCA